UGUGUUCUGUGUGGGGGAUAAUAAAAAAGACUAGCCAUGUUGUUAACACUAAGGAUUCUCCAUAUUAUUACACAAAAUGCAUUUAGAAUUUGAAAACCUUGAAGAAAUUAAUCCUGUUAUCUGCUAUAAAAAUUUGCAAGUAUGAGUGUGAAGAAUCAAUGUGCUGGUUUGUUGCUAAAUUCACUACCCAAAGAAAAGAAAACAUAGAAACACAACAAAUAAUCUAACCCAGUAAGACACAAAGACACAGAGAAAAUCCAAGAAAUCAUAAACAGAGUCAACACAGAACACAGAAACGGGUUCCACACAGUUCAGACUUGUAACAGGCUAAAACAACACUUAAAGGAAGGACCACUUAAAUACUGAGACAAGUUGGAUGUUAAUUAACUCAUGGAAUUGUCUCAUUUAGAACAAAUAUCAAACAUUAUUAAAGGAAUACAUUUGUGAGUAGAUUCAUAUUUUGGUGUGCCAUUAAUGGUUGUCCUAAAACAUUAGGAAUGGAACAAGAGUUAACAGGUUGCGCUCCUUAGUUUCGUUUUCGCCACCCCUCAUCUGUUCCUUGAUUCCGGUCCGUGUUUUUGUUCUCCCUGCUCCCAUGUUCAUUCUGUUAAUAAACUGCCCCCUGCACGUGUAUUCUGCCUCUCGCUUGUUCCAAGUGGAAAAGUUACAGAAUAACCGACCUAACUAAGAGAAUGCAGCAGGAGGGCUUCGGUCCGUCGCAUCGUGUUCAGUCCUCUCCGGUUCAGCAACCCUCACGCCACACAACGAGGGACACUGGAUUACUCCCUGAGGCAGAGUUGGGUUAUAUGAAGACUCUGCUCUCCAUGCUCAAGGAUGGGAAGCCCCUGGUACUGCCCUCUCUUAUGGCGACUCCAAGUCCUGUUCCUGUGCCUGGCAUAGUGGAUGCUGUCGCAAUGAAUGUUCCAGGCAGGAGAGACACCACCAGUCCAGGUCCGGGCGCUAGAGAUGCCGCCCAUCCUUGUCCUGGUCCUGUUCCCGGCGCGAGAGAAGCUGCCAGGCCCGAUCCAGUUCCAGCCCCCGGCGUGAGAAACGCUGCCCGGCCGGAUCCAGCCCCCAGCGCGAGAGACGCCACCUGUCCUGACCAAGUUCUGGUCCCGGGCACGAGAGACACUGCCCAUCCUGGUCCUGUUCCCGGCCUAGUGGUGGCCGCCUGUUUCUGUUGCCAAUUUUGUCUAGGUUCCUGUCUAUGGCUCCAAGCCUGUUCAUGUGAACAUAGUGAGACCCGUUACCCUGCCAUGUGGCAUUGCUACUUCCUUACCUGUCCCAGUGCUUAUAUCCAUGCUUAUUGUGUACCUUGUUCCUGUUCCUAUGUUGGUCGUACUUGAUAUACUUUCCUCUGUCUUU